AAAGGGGGGAUUCGACGCGUCCGAACCUGGCAACCCUCGCAGCGGGCUGGUGGAGGAGCGUCUCUCCAGCAGCAGACACUCGGCAGCGGAGACUCUGUCGCUGGUGGAGCUGCAGGAACCGUGUCCAGAAGCUGCUGCUGCUGCUGCACAGCUUUCUCUUGCCAACUCUCAAGUGUUUAGCGACGCGGUGGCGUCAGGUGACAGGCAUCGACAUCUGAUUGGCUCGCUGCCUGGUUGAAUUAGGGCUAUCGAACAUCUUCAGCCCGGGUCGAGAGCCAUCAGUUUGACAGGAAGCUCCUCUCACAUCCUCAUAAUCUGACUUGGAUCAACUUUGGUGAAGGAACCAGAGGAAAACCUGAAUCUUUGCCCUAAACGGUGGAGGACUGAUCUGGACGUCUCGUCGCUCCAGACCUCCUGCCGGUCGUGAGCCUCGUCUCUAAAAGUAGAAAUAUACUGUAAAGGCAAGAGCGACGACAAGAACUCUGAUCCAUCGCUCGAGCACCAGCUCACAGCUGCUUUGGACGGUUAUUUCACCGUCUGGAGGGAAGAACAAAUCCAAGCAUUUCUCGGAUACAUCUGCGCAACAACAUGGCAAAGAAAAACAGCCAAAGGGAUACGUCCGGGGUGGUGUUUGACACUCGGUCAAAAAUGGCCAUGUCCCAGGGAGGAACAGCCGAGAGGAUGAAGGAGAAGAUCGGUGCUGUCAGAGCGGUUGUCCCCAACAAGAGCAACAAUGAGAUCGUGCUGGUGUUGCAGCAUUUCGAGAACUGCGUCGACAAAGCUGUUCAAGCCUUCCUGGAAGGGAGUGCAAUUGAGAUCCUGAAAGAGUGGAAUGUCACCGGCAAAAAGAAGCCCAAGAAGAAAAAGAAGCCCAAGCCGCAGCCCGAGCCCGAGACCUCAGCGGAGCCCGCUCCACCCGAGGCCUCGCCGCCCGGCGAGGGCAAGGACGAGGUGAACGGCUUCCACGCCAAUGGAUCUGUGAUGGACGGAGAGUCACUGGACUCGCUGAGCGAACAGUUGGACUCUGCCUCCCUGGAUGCAGCAGAGCUGGACUCUGAACCCGCCACAUCUGAGACCACCGGCGCAGAGGCAGAAAGUCAAGGCCGAGCUCCGAGUCCGGCCUCGCAGCCAGAGGGGAAGUAUCACCAGGGUCCCCGUGGCAACAAGUCCCGACGCAGACCAGGCUUCAAUUCACAUCCCACCACUUCCUCAUCAGCUUCCGCCACCGAUGAGCACGGACCAAAGGCAGUCAAGAAGAUCGCUUCCAACAUCGACCGCUCCAUGAAGGACCUGCAGAGAUGCACCGUCUCGCUGACUCGCUACAGGAUGGUGGUCAAGGAGGAGAUGGACUCGUCCAUCAAGAAGAUGAAACAGACGUUUGCCGAACUCCAGAGCUGUUUAAUGGACAGAGAAGUGACUCUUCUUUCAGAAAUGGACAAAGUGAAAGCAGAGGCCAUGAUGAUUCUGGACGCUCGACAGAAGCGAGCCGAGCAGCUGCGGCGGCUCACGGACAAGUCGGCGUCCAUGUCCGAGGAGCAGCUGAGCGAACUGCGAGCGGACAUCAAGCACUUUGUGAGCGAACGUAAAUACGACGAGGACCUCGGGAAGGCCGUGAGAUUCACGUUUGACCUCGAGCCUCUGAAGACGAGCAUCACCGGGUUCGGAUCAGUUUACCACCCACAUACUGGAUACUCAAAUCGCUCCCGUUGUAGCUCCACGUCGUCCACCGUCGCCAGCCCCGGCCUGCCGGAGACUCCUCCCACCCAGACCCAGAGCGCCCCCAGUGAAAACCGGCCCCCGCCGAACAAACAGAUUUUCCAUGGCAACCGGCGCACGUUCUCGGGACAGGGUUACUACUCGGGCGGUCAGCGGUACAACGGCGGCUCCUCGUACCACGACAGGAGCGCCGGCCGCGCGAACCACCGCUACCACGACGGCGGCGGCGGCGGCAGCAGCAGCGGUGGCGGCGGUGGUCACGCGUCGCAGCAGUCCGGCAGCUCGAGAGCCCCCUUCCACUCCUCCUCGUCCACCCACAACGCCCCGACCGACCGACCGACCCACAACGGGCUGCCCCAGCGGCCUCCGCGGACGCCCUGCCCUUGACAUUGAAAGACGCUGUCGUCGUCCUGAUCAAACCCCCCUCACCUCCCUCCCUCCGCACACUCUCCCUCCAUACUAACUCCUUCCAAUGAAGAAUAGAAUACAUGUUUACAUAUAUCCAUCCGUGGAGCCGUCGUAGUGCCGCCUCUCGACAUCAGUCCAUCCUUCAGACUUGAAAAGCUCCUCACUCUUCUGUCGUCGCGCUUCUUCUUCUUCUUCUUUUCUUCUUCUCCUUCUUCCUGGUUUAGGAAAUUGUCUUCUAUCUUUAGCUUCCUCGUCGCUACGCUGUCGUCGCUCUCUGUUCAGCCAUCUGCCAGAGCCCGACAGGAUCGUCGGCAACAAUCUGAGCACCAUUGAAGUUGAACUCGCUCGUUUUCUAUUUUUGCUGUGGCUCAUGUCGGCUCUCUGAAUUUGCACCUCAACUCUUUUACUUACCAUUUCAUUGCCUUCACCGAGGAAAGCGAAGUGAAAAAGUGCGGGGAAAAAACAGGGAUUUUUUUGUCUCCAGGAGAGUCGACGUGCAAUCAACACUACGGACUAUUGUUCAAUCUUUACAAGGUAAAAAACAUAUCAGAGUGUAAUCCAGAGCUUUUCUUGUGGCUGCUACCGACAGUAGGGAAUUUGUUCACGCUACACGUGUUCGAGAGGACUGUUCUGUGAACGUCGCUCUUAAAGGAAUUAGUUCCCAUCGAUUUUGGAAAUGAGCUCAUUUGCCGACGGGCCGAGAGUCGGCAGACAGGAAGUAGUGGUAUCCAUCUCUAGUGGCGGAGCUGCCGGCAGCAGCUGCUUCGCUCGGCUAAGAAACAGGAAGCGGCUCCGCUUCGUUACCCGUCACACCUAGUUCAUUUCGUACAUGUAAAAACUACAAGUUGUGUGGUGAGUCGGGACCAAUGCUGCGUUCCAGUUGCAACUUCCGACUCGGAGGUUGGUUAAUAUAAUGGAACGCAGUGUCACUGUGUCCUAAAGCUAAACUACUCGUCUCCAGCUUCAUAUUUACCAACCGAGCAGACACGAGCAUCGUCUUCAAUCUUUUUCAUCUGACUCUGGGCAAAGAGAACCAAUCAUUGGAUUUCACAAUAUGUUUCCUUUAAACAUCCCCCCCCCGGGCGGUGACGUCGCAGACUUUUUCCACGCGUGUCGUGGUUUCUCGGCUCGUUGUCAGUUGCUUCCGAACAAAGCGAGGGCUCAUUAGCUUUUGUUUUUUUGUAGAUCGACGUCAUAGGAUGUGUUGAAAACCCAAAACAGAAGGAAACCGUCCGCACGAUGUUUCGUAGUUUAGUGCUUGACAGUUUUUAAAAAAAUUUGUUUUAUGCACAUGAACGGCAUUUAAUGACGUUCGCCUUCGGCCACAGAGAAGACUUCACGCUUGCCUUCGUAGAAACACGGACGUCUGCGUCGCGACGGGCGAUUCAUAAAUGUGUGCGAGAAUAAGAUUCAAGAUCCUCUCUUCCUCGAACUGCAGCGGAUCUUUUCUAUCGCUUCCAAGUAAACGCUGCCCGGCGGUCGACGGAGCGAAGCUUCUCUUCGUAGCUUUACCUCAUCGCCGACCUUCUGACACGGACCUGUUCUUUCGAGCCGGUGUUUCUCGCAGCGGGCUCUUUAGUAACCGGGACGCCGCCUCGUCUCUUUAUCUUGUGCGAAGCUGUCGAGUGAAAACCGGCCGUCACGUUAUUGCUGCAUCUUCGCCGUGCGUCGUCUUCCCUCGAGCGGCCUUUUGGAAGAAAAGAGGGAAGUUUUGGAAAAAUAUUAUUUUAGUUUUCUUCCCUAUUUUUUGUUUCUUCAGGUUUUCUGAUCACAGGGAGGUAUUUUUUUGUUUGUUUGUUUUUUCAUAUAAGAUAAAACUCCAGUAAAGAUUAUAUUGUGGAGAUAAGCAGUUUGCGAACGUGUUUGUAGUCUUCGGGAAAAAAUUGUGCUGUAACAAAUUACACUUGGACUUAAAAGGAGUUUUACAUUUUUGGAAAUACGCUUCUUUGCUUUCUGUUUUGUCCAGAGACAAAACAAAAGAGACGCCACGCGAGGAAAAAAAUCUCCCGGACAAACUGCACGAGUGAGAUGUUUUCAGUUCCACCGGAGAGAGAGAGACGGUUUCAGGGACGAAGAAGAAGAACUGGUUUGGAUUUGAGCGAAUGUUCAGUGUCAAUCCAUCCGGGAUCAUCGCGUCUAAACAGGGUUCGUAAAGCAACGCUUUGAACGACAAUCAGUUUCACGUGGAGGGGGGAGGGGGGAUCACGGCCGUCAUGUUGUCACCAAAUAUCUUUAUUUUUAUUUUGCCUUUGUCAAGUAAUUAACACAGAAAUCCUUGAAAGUAAAGCUGCAACCAAUCCAUUGUCAUCAUCCUCGCUUUUGUCUGAUCAGCAGUUAAACCCCCAAAGUUGUUGAGGGGUUUUUUUGCAGAGGAGAGAAGAAGAAGAAAAGAAAAUAAGGGAAACGAAGCAAAUAUUCACAUUUCAGAAACUGGAUCAAGUGAAUAUUAUUUUGCUUUAAAAAAAAAAAAAAAGAUGAAUGAAUGAAUCAACUUAUCGUCUCUCGGUGAGAAAGCGGGAAGAAAAAAAGUGUAUUUCCUAAAAUGUCAAACUGCUCCUUUAAGUGCUUCCUGGGGUUGAGAUUUUUUUUUAUUAUUAUUGACUGAAGUUGUUGGAAAUUUUUAAUUUAGUUUCUCCAUGAGUCCUCUUUUAUUCCAGCGACUCGUGUCUUCGAGACGCCGGAACGUGUUUGAUCAAAGUUUUCUCUGUCUCACUUUAAUCACUUUUUUUUUUUUUCGUUGCUCCACAUUCCAAACCGUAGGAAAUUAUUAGAUUAUCGCCAAAGAAAAAAUCUCGUCCUGUUUAAAAUGACAAAAAAAAGAAAGAAGCUGCUGCCUUUUUCUUUUUCUCUUUCAGCCUGUGAACGUUUCCAAAGGAGAUGAAUCCGACACUUCACCUCCCGUCUCUCUCUCUCUCUCUCUCUCUCUUACUUUCCGACUCCUUCACUGUAUAUAUACAUAUAUGUAGCUAUAUAAUUUUUUUUGUGCUCACAUAGGGCAUUUUGUAUGUGAUAUUCAUAUUAGGCAUAAUAACUAAUGGAGGUUUAAAACAUCUAGUUGGUUCAUUUCUUCCAGUUGAAGACCCAGUGUCCCUUUUCUGAGACAACUGUAAAACUCAAGUGCCUUUUUUCUCGUCUCCCGCCGAUUUCAUCGACUAUCUCUCUGCCAGAGUUUGGACCAAAGACAUCAACCGUCCCCCGACACCCCCCCCCCCCCCCUUUCUUUCUCCCUCUCACUGAAUGGCACACUUUUCAUUUACUACAAAUAAACCGUUUGCAAUA